AUGGGGUUUAGGGUUUUGUCGUGGUUAAAUGAGGCUGAGGGGGAUAGGGUGGAGGAGAGGAGGAGAAGGAGGAGGGCGGAUGUAAAACAGCAGGAGUGGAGAGAAUUUUUCGAACGUGAGGAGGAGGCUGAGAAAAGGAGGGUGGAAAGGAUAGAUAUGGGGUUUAGGGUUUUGUCGUGGUUAAAUGAGGCUGAGGGGAUAGGGUGGAGGAGAAGGAGGAGGGCGGAUGUAAAACAGCAGGAGUGGAGAGAAUUCUUUGAACGUGAGGAGGAGGAUAAGAAAAGGAGGGUGGAAAGGAUAGAUUUGGAGAUGAGGGUUUUUUUAUGGUUGGAUUCGGUUGAGGGGGUUAGGGUGGAGGAGAGGAGGAGAGAAAGGAGAGAAAGGAGAAAAGUGAGGGAGGAGGAAGAUUCGAGAAGGGAAGAGAGGAGGGUACAGAGAAUACAAGGAAUAGAAGAUUUAAGAAGAAUAGAUGAUGAAGAAGAAGAAGAAGAUGAUAGGAUGUGUUGUAAAUGUUUGCUCUUGUAA